AUCGUUCUGAUGCAUAGGUGAACGUGAACAGGUUCCGGAACCGGUGAAUCCUCCAGCAUGAAUCCUCGUUUUAGCAAUGAUCGUCAUGUGUCCUCCAGCUCGACACAGAGGAAGACACCACAACAACAUCCAGCCAACCGGAGGGUAACCACUGGAGGAUGGGGACGGUUAAGAUCACCAACGCAUGAGCCACUUGAAGCAUAUGGGUUACCUUCCAAAGGGGAGACACGCCUUAACGACCCGAAAGCGCAAGAGGCAUACUACAACAAGAUCGUGGAACGCUACAUGAAAUUCUGCGCCUCCCACGCUUCCGCCCCCGAAACUCUCGCCGACCAAUUCGCCGCCAUCUCUCUCACCCCUCCCACCCACCAACCACCCCCCUCCCCCUCCGCAACUCCCUCCCCCACGACCCCCUCCCCCGAACUCCAAACCAUCCUCCACGCCAUGCGAAAGCUCCGCGAAUCCCUCACCGCCACCAACCGCCUCGACCCCUUCGCCCAGCGCGCCUACGUCUUCAUCACACGCGCCGCGCUACUCUGCAAAUCCUACGAGUCCUACCACCCGGCGCUCCAGCGGCUGCUUGGGCCGAUCCACGCGCACGUCCCGCUCUCGGACGUCGAGCUACAUGAGUUUGUAGGGUACGAGAUCUUGGAUCUUGCGUGUCGGCAGGGGGACUAUGCGGCGGCGCAUGCGCUGCGGGUGCGGGCAGGGUAUGCGGAUCGGAGGGUGGAGGGGGUAGUGAGGGCGUUGGUGAGGGAUGAUUGGGUGGGAUUUUGGCGGUUGUGGAGGGCGGUGGAUGGGUAUCAGAGGGGGGUGAUGGAGUGGGCGGUGGAGGGGUUGAGGGUGCAUGUGUUGAAGUGUUUCGCGAGGACGUAUUUUGAGGUGGAGAAGGAGUAUUUGGAGAGGGUUACCGGGGAGGGGUGGGAGGGGUUGGUGAAACGGGGGGUGGGUUGGGAAUUGGUGAAGAUGGAGAAUGGGAGGGAGAAGAUUGUUAUUCGGAGGGUGAAGAAGAAGUGA